CUCGCUGGUUGGUUUUUCAGUGCGAUAAAAAUACGUAAACACACACAUCUCAAUGCAAAUCGAACUUCGAAGUAGAUAAGCUACGCGCAAGUUUUCAUUUUAUUUUACCGCUAAAUAAAAUUAACACGUACCUACGCGCUGACUAUUCGUCGCGGUGGGGAGUACCGCAAAACGCGAGUGUAACUAUUAAAAUUUUUACUUAAAAAAUGAAUUUCUUGGGUUUACCCAUCCUUGUGUGUGCAUAUUUUAGUUAUGUAUACGCCUACGAAGUCGAUACAUAUGAUUUUCUCAUGCCAAAUGUUUGGCCUCACAGAGAUGAGCUUUACCUCUGCACCCCAAUCAGGAUCUCUCCUCGCAACAACUAUUACAUAGUGGGAUUUGAACCUAAUGCUACAAUGCACACUGCUCACCACAUGCUGUUGUAUGGAUGCUCGGAGCCUGGAACUGACGAUCCUGUUUGGAGCUGUGGAGAAAUGCAGAGUAACGACAUUGACGACCAGUACAACACGGCCAGCCCCUGCCGGGAGGGAUCUCAGAUCGUGUACGCUUGGGCCCGCGACGCUCCGAGCCUGCAGCUGCCCAAAGACGUCGGCUUCCUGAUCGGAAAGGACUCGCAGAUCAAAUACCUGGUGCUGCAGAUACAUUACAUGCACAAAUUCCCAGAGAGCAAAAGGGACAAUUCCGGAGUGUUCAUCAAAUACACCAAAGAACCCAUGCAUCGUCAAGCGGGAGUCAUUCUACUAGGCACGGGCGGAGUUAUUCCCGCCAACAGGGUGGAACAUAUGGAAACGGCUUGCACCAUCCGCGAGAACAAGGUCAUUCACCCCUUCGCGUUCCGCACACACACUCAUGCGCUUGGCACAGCAGUAUCAGGGUACGCCGUCCGCAGAGAGGCGACAGGGGACGUUUGGCAACUAAUCGGCAAGAAGAACCCCCAACUGCCCCAGAUGUUUUACCCCGUGGCCGACAAUACCCCCAUAAAGCAAGGAGACGUGCUAGCCGCUAGGUGCACUAUGAACAAUACGCAUACCUUCCCUGUUAAGAUUGGCGCAACAAACAAAGACGAGAUGUGCAACUUCUACCUAAUGUACUGGGUGGAGAACACCUACCCGCUCGACCAGAAGUACUGUUUCAGCGCCGGGCCCCCCUACUAUUACUGGGUGCGCGCGCCGCAGAACUUCAAUCGCGUGCCGGAUCUCGAAGCCAGCUCCUUGUAAAGGACUGAGGUAAAUGGGUGAUCGGAAAUGGUGAUGUUUGUGUUUGCCGCGUACUAAA